AUGUUAAGAUCACCACAGCGAACAGAUCGGGACUCGAACGAAAACGGUUCAGGGGAUCAUAACGUGACAUUAAAUUCUAAUACGGAUGCGCAAUCUCAAGUUUUGAAUAGUUCUAAUAUGAUAGGUCAGAGGAAUGGUAUGGAAGUGUCGGCGGCAGCGGUUAAGCUUCCGGGGUUUUGGACAAAUUGCCCUGAGGCGUGGUUUAUUCAUGUCGAGAUGCAGUUCGCAACUAAAGGUAUCGUUGUGGAUAAGACUAAAUACGAGUAUGUCAUUACAGCAUUACCUCAAGAUGUGAUUAUGAUGGUUCUAGAUGUGAUACAGAACCCGGCGGGUAAUAAUAGAUAUGAAGUUCUGAAAGAUGUUUUGAUUAAACGGCACACUUUAAGCGAGAGUAAACGUUUGGAGAAAAUAGUGGCUGAUUCGGAAAUAGGAGAUCAAAAGCCUUCAGAAUUUUAUAGAGCUAUGUUGUUAUUGGCAGGUACACGGUUUAGCCAGGACAUGUUAAAGAGACUAUGGAUACGAAAAUUGCCGAAAAAUCUUAAUGUGGCACUAAUGGGGUCCAAUGUUACUGAUAUAAAUCAACUAAUUAAAUUAGCAGAUGAUAUUUGGGAAGUGUUACAGAAAGAUGAAAUAGUUGCUCUAGGAAUUUCCUCAACAUCGGCAGAGACGUCGCAAAUUACAGAUAUGGGUAAGGUAGUCGAAGGUUUAGUUCAGACCACAAAUAAUAUUUGCCAAGGGUUUAGCCAGCUAUCAUUGGAGGUUUCUAUGAUGAAGAGACAGUUCGGAGAAAUGCAGGGCCCAGAUAGAAGUGGGAGGUUUAGUGGAAGAUCACGAUCGGGAACUUGGAAGAAGAAUUGGCUAUGUAGGUUCCACUAUAGAUUCGGUCAAGAUGCCAGGAACUGCGAGCAGCCGUGCGCAUUUAGGGAAGGUAAUAGUUCAAAAAACUAA